GAGGUUAUUUGUCCUGCGCGGGUUUCCGUAGCGAGCUGCUCUCAGCGGUACAGCGCGGCUAGCUGAGCUCAGAGACCCUCCGCUAAUAAUCCCCAUUAUAACCGGAUUCUACACAACUCUAUACUCCUCUAUACUGCGCUAUACUCCACUAUACUCACCCUACACUGCUCUAUACUCUCACAACAUGGCCUAUCAGCUCUACAGGAACACCACGCUCGGGAACAGCCUGCAGGAGAGCCUGGACGAGCUGAUCCAGACUCAGCAGAUCACCCCUCAGUUAGCUCUCCAGGUUUUGCUGCAGUUCGACAAAGCCAUCAACACGGCGCUGGCCAACCGAGUUCGCAAUAGAGUUAACUUUAAGGGGUCGCUGAACACGUACAGGUUUUGUGAUAACGUCUGGACGUUUGUUUUAAAUGACGUGGAGUUUCGGGAAGUCACUGAUCUGGUGAAAGUGGAUAAAGUGAAGAUCGUCGCCUGCGACGGGAAAAACACCGGCUCUAACGCAGCAGAGUGAAGAGGACGGACGGGGACGGGGGGAACAGAAGGACAGGGGGACGGCGGGGGACAAACAGACGCAGAGUGCCCUGCUGACGGAGGAGGAGGAGGAGGAGGAUGAAGGCUGGUCACACAGAGAGGACUGUGUAUAUAUUAUUUAUUACAGGGGACAGCUCUCCUCUCCAUCCUUCACAUAACAACCAGCUCAGCACACGGCCGGAGGGACAGGGACGGGGACGUGACCUUUUUUAUGAAUAUAUAUAUAUAUAUUAUAAAUAUAAAUAUAAUUUUUGUAGAAAGCUUGUUUUCUGUUUUAGUUUAUUACAGUUUAGCUUCAUUGGUUUAAUAAAGCUGUUUUAAAGGA